AUCGAAAUGAACAUACCAAAUGAAUGUGGAUGCGUGAUAGAGCUUCACUGGGUUUUUCUGCUACGGAGUAAACAAAGUUUUUCAGCACUGAAAGUAAGGCGGAGAAGAUUUCAGUCUCACUGCUAAAAAGGAACCAUUGCAAGCGUUUAUCGUAUCUACUCUACACGUAAUAACUGGUCGCGAACUACUUAACAAAGGAGGCAAAAUGUCGGUGGAGGAAGAUAAGCCGGAUGAUAAGCUCCCGGUGACAGUUUGGGUGGAAGAUCCAGUGGACGGCUUUGUACCCGGUGAGAUCGUAAACUACGCUACUCGAUCGGCAGGCGACAGUUACGAAGUGGGCAUCUUGUCCAAAAGUCAGCAGAAAGGUGCCAGCAAACUGUUGGUUGGAAAGUCACGGGCAUCCAGCAGUUCGAGCAAGGGGGCCUAUGUCGAGACAAGGACGUUUGCGAAUGAGGCUGCUUUGCGCGGUCGCAGCGACAAGGCCGAAAAAACGUUCGACGAUUGUGCCGGCAUGCUGUGGUUGCAUGAUGCCGGCAUACUGGAUAAUCUACGCCAGCGGUAACUGUUUUUUCAGUUUUACUAAUUUUUGUUUGUAUACACUUCGAAAACCAAAAUGUGAAUGUUGAGUCAACUGUACUCUCCCCACAUGCUGAGGUAAGAGGUAAUAUCAUCCUGCAACUUGCUUCAUCUUCGCGCAGUGAUCAUCAACAAAAUCAGGUAUUUGGAGGACAAGAUCUAUAGCUACACGUCGACGGUUUUAUUUGCCGUGAAUCCGUACAAACCGAUAGAAGGACUAUACACCGAGGAGCAGAAAUCCAUGUACCACAAGUUACCGUCAUUGCACAGCAAACCCCCGCACCCUUAUGCGAUAGGCGACCUCGCGUACCGAAAGCUUGUGCAUGAUCGCGAGGACCAAGCGAUUCUCAUAUCGGGUGAGAGUGGAGCAGGCAAGACGCAAACGGCAAAAAUAGUAAUGGGAUUUCUGGUCGAAAACUCCUCCACGCGAACCAAGGGCACAACAGACGACGCAGCUUCGCUAGAUAAUAUGAUCCUUCGCUGUGCGACGCCGAUCCUGGAAUCGCUGGGAAACGCCACCACGAUCCGCAACAACAACUCGAGUCGCUUUGGGAAAUUCAGCAUGCUAGUUUUCAACGCGAGAGGCGACCUCGUAGGAGGCGAGAUCCGCACCUACUUGCUCGAGAGCAGUCGCGUUGCAAAGUUUGGGGCUGGAGAACGCACGUAGAAAUUCUUUCUACUCUGUUGAUUUUUUCACAAUAGCCUUCGCACAUCCGCCACACUCUUAUUCUUUUCUUUUCGCAUGAUAUUGCAGCAGUUUCUUUCGCAGUGCUUAGUAGAAUUUACAUGGUGUAUUUUUAACACAGGUAUCAUAUUUUUUACGAGAUCCUCGCAGGAGCCUCUGCCGAGCAGCUAAAGAAACUUGGCCUGCAGAAAAACUCGAAAUACGCACUUCUCUACGGAAGAGAUCAGGUUACGCAAGUUGCUACUCCACACCGAGGAGCGGAAGAAGCGACGAACUUCACAGCGUUCUGCACCGGCUUGAAAAUUAUGAACUUCUCCCCGGAACAAAUCGAAGAGGUGCUCGAGACGCUCGGAGGCCUGAUCCACCUGUUUGAACUUGAUUUUGAGGAAGCAGCGAGUGGACAAGGUAUUCAAGUAGUAGAAUCGCCCCACGUUGCUGAAGCUGCGCGUCUUCUCGGUAUGUCGGCGGAGUCUCUCUGCGAGUCCUUGUGCAAGAAGACAGUGAUCCGGCCUAAGCGAAACAACCAGGGCCGUGACUCCAUUUUCAAAACUGACCGGACACCAGCACAAGCGAAGAAUGCACAGGAAGCAUUGGUGAAAAUGCUGUACAAACGCCUCUUCGAGCACAUUGUGGCGCAGAUCAACAGCUCCCUCCUCGUGGCGGGUCAAACCCAGAACUUAGCCGAAUCUAGUCGGCGUCAGAUAGGAAUCUUGGACAUCUACGGCUUCGAACAAUUGAAACUCAAUUCCUUCGAACAGCUGUGCAUCAACCUGGCGAACGAGCGACUACAGGAGUUUUUCUGUGACAAAGUGAUAUUGGCAGAGCAGGAGAUGUACCGCAAAGAAGGCCUUCCCGCCAUUUCACUACAAGUCGAGUCAAGUGGUAUUUUUCAUCUGCGUUUGCAUCUCUUGUAUUUUUUCACAAUUUUCUUGCAUUUCCAUUCUAUAUCUAUACCAAGAUUGUUUUGUUGUACUUAUUGAGAAACAUACACUCUCGACAGAGCCACUCUUGGACGCAAUUGGUUGCACGCUCAACACGCUACACGAGCACGGGCUCAUGACUACGAAAUAGAAAAGUGCUUGCGUAUCUUCAACAAAAGCUGUGCGAUAUGUAUAGGAAGGACGCAGAAGGAAACAACAGUCACCAUUCCCCUUGCAGGGAACGCGUCAAACAAUUCCAAAUACUCGCACGAGGGACCGUUUUUUACGGCGGCCAAACAGAUUUCGAUUUGCGUCAAAAAGUCCCCAAAGCCAUUUUGUUUUCGAAUCCUCAGCAAGCAUGAAUUUCUUUUUUCCAUACUGUUCGCGAAGAAUGUGCGAACCACUGACGAGCGCUUUACGGCGGACGUUCAUAAGAAGUUUGGCACGCACAUGUGUAAACUGAAGCGUGGAGGCGGAAAGAAGAACCAGGACUAUGGUAGGAUGUCUAGUCUUUGAAAUGAAUAUACAUCAACAUCAUGCCGCCCGAGCAAGUCUUAUCUUAUUUUUUCAAUGGUUGAAUCUGAAUGCUGCGCUCGGGCUCGCUGAAUGUUUGCGACGCCAUGGAGUAUAUUCUUCCCUUUACAAAAAACAGAUGCCAAUCUGAGCUUUGUGGUGAACCACUACGCUGGAGAAGUCAACUAUUCAACAGCGGGGUGGCUCGAAAAGAAUAACGCGACAUUAUCGACAGAAGCAGAAAUGUUGAUUUCCUGCAGUGACCACAAGGUCGUCGCGCGGCUCCAGGGCGAAGCACAAUCCGCUGCGACAAGCGUUGGGCGCAAAUAUCUGGCCGACCUCGACUUGCUGCUGUCCACGCUUGACGCCUGUUCUCUGCACUACAUUCGCUGCUUCAAACCAAAUUUGAGCCAGAAGCCGAGCCUGUGGGAGGGAGGAGUGAUCUUGGAUCAAAUGCGGCAGUCAGGUGGCAUUGACUUGGUAAAAAUCAUGCACGAGGGCUAUCCGAACCGCUGCAGUUUCGACUACCUGGUAGAGCGGUACCAGUCCAAGCUUCCGGAUUUCAAGGACGAGCAGCCGCGAACGUUCCUCGGUGCGCUGAUGUUAGCUUUCGAAAUCCCGAAAUCAGAUUACGUGAUCGGAGCCAGCCGACUGUUUUUGAAAAGUGGUUGCUUGGCCGUCCUCGACCAGCUGACUGACAGCGGCGACGCGAUCCCGCCGGAAGUGUUGAAGCGCCUCAAGAAAGUCAUCCUGCAAAAGAAGCGACGACGCUGUUUCCAGGCCGUGGCCCUCUGUUUGUACCUUCCCAAGUUUUUGGCCAGAGCGAAAAAGGAGAAGAACCUGAAAAUGCUGAAAAUCUGCGCCAUCAACUACUACCGACUGAACCGGUGGGCUUCGCGCGCCAAAAAAACGCUUCGCGAUCAACGGGUUGCUGCAGCCAUCGAAAAACUUCGCAAGACGUGGCGCCUAGGUCGGGUCAUCGUGAGGCUUUUGCGAAACGCCCGGCGCCGCAUCGCGUGCAGGAGGAACCAGGACAUCGCAUUCCGGCUCUACCCGGCAAUGUGCCGCGCACUGAGAAAGUGGAUUCUGCGGGAGCGGGAAAAGGUAAAGCGACGGAUCGUGUUGUGGAAUGCCGUGAAGCACUACGUAACCGUGCACAGAUUCCUCAGUCGUCGCAUCAAGCAGUGGAAGCAGCAGCAAAGAAAGCAGUUGCGGCAGGCGCUCGACCAAAAUCUGCUGAUUUUCCGGACCAUUGUCCUCCUCAGGCGCCGACUCACGUCAGGGUGCAUAAAGGUGCUUCCGCAGAGUCGAAGCAAAGUGUACACUGUCCGGGAGUUUGCCACGUUGCAAAAACGCAAACCUCUGUCCGCAUUGCAGCGAGCACGAAGGAAGAUCCGAGUGAAGCAAUUAUUUGCAGCGUUUUACAGACGCGCACUGUUUGUGACAUUUCUGCGCCGUUACCAGCGAAGCCGAAAAGCUGGAGGGAAAGGACCUGCAUCCGCCCCCACAACGCGUGUGAUAGUUGUUUCCGACAAGCUAUCGUUGGAGCGCCGUAUGCGGAAUCACGAACUUUGGACCCACUUGUACCGCUUCGCGCUGAUGGUGAAGCCGUGGAAAAGGUACGUGCGACGAUUUCGCGCAAACAAGAAGCGUGGCCUGCGCACGUCAGUGCACAUCAACCAGCAGGGGGAACAGCCGGUCGCACCGGGAGCAGAGAGCUCCACCGCCCCGGGCGACACCAGUGCGACGGUGCCGGUAACAGGGGAGCAGGUUGCCACGAUGAUGGAGUAUCAAAUGCAAAAAUGUCUGGGUCUGGAGGAGUGAAACUUGUAAUGCUGUCUGCGAAUUCUGAAAAUAUCUGUGUUGCAUGAGCAGCACGAGGAGUCAGUUCUUGGAACGCGGAGAGGGCAUUUGUCAUGCGUAAUUAGUAUCUAGAAGCUCUCAAAAAAUCUGUGAUGCUAGCACCAGCAUCACAGACCUGACUGGUCAUGCAAAAUGUGCAUGUCUAUGGCAAAUGUGCAAUGUCUAUUGCAAAAUGUGCAUGACAAGCCCCGACUCUUCCAGACCCAGACAUUUUUGCAGUUCAUAUAGAGAUGAUGCGGGCGAUGCAGGAGGAGAUCAAAGCUUUGCGGGCGGAGAAGAGCGACCACUCAGAGAAAAAGCGUCGCGUCCCAUCCUCGUUUGACCGCAGGUCCGUCGGUGACGGCAACGAGGACGGCCGACAGUCCAUCGGCACACCACCGCUCGACGGCGAGCAGAACAACAGUCUGAUUUGGUCUGACGUCUCCUCCGUGAAGCCCAGUCCCAGCACCGAGUCCUGGGGAAAUGCCUUCGACGACAUCGGGGCCGCCAUACAGUCAAGAAACGGAGCCAAGGGCUUGGUGAUGACCGGGCGCGGGACAGGCAUGAACGACAGUCUGGAAUUACACCCGGCGCAAUCAGUGGAUCUGGAAGCAGGAGCCGCUACUACCAGCAGUCGCGGCCGGUGCAGCGUGAACUCCGUGUCUCCCUCCAAGCGGCAAGCGUGCCACAUCGCGCAGAGCGGCAACGCCUCCCUUUCCUUCAACAGCAAAACGCCGAAGCACGCGCCGGCUGGUGCCAGUACGAAUACGCAUGACCCCCACGGCGACAACAGUUCUUGCAGCGGCGCGACGAGUACGCGGAGUAACACGACGGUGGAGGGCGGUCGGGAGAGUAAGAAGGCGGGAGCGGUAGAGAAAAAUCAGCAAUUCGAUAUCAGUGGCUUCGCGAACAACACCGGCUUGGAUCUGGACCGCAUGACAAGGGCAAAGAACAACCCGCGCUUCAACAUCGAUCUCGGCCGUGCGCUGGGGAGGCAGGGCAAGAAAAGUGCACUGAGUGCUAAGAGAAUCGAGGGUGUGCCCGAUCUGGGGACCAGCAGUCCGCAGGAACUGCAACUGGGUGAUAAUGCUUGUUCGCCCCCCGCGGCCGGGUUUUUCCAAGAUCGCCCCCACGUUCCGAAGCUGAACUUUCAGCCCGGGUCCCGGAUCGACAAAGAGUUCGGCCCGAAAGACCAGGAAGAGCGCAGCAGCCCGGUGAGCAGCACCUUCACGUCGGUGUCCCAACGGACCCCGAGAGACAGCACGCACUCCGCCCGCGGGGCGCCGCACCAAACGAUGACGCCGAACGGACACGGUGGUCGCGGGGCUGCUCAGGGCUUUUAUCCGAGCAGGUAAUUUUUUUGUUUAGCAUUACCAUUAGCAUUGCCUGAUCUAUCUGAGCGCGUUUACCGACAAGAAAAAGAUUAAGAUAAAGAAAAUUCGGUUGGUUUGAUUUUGUCAAGUACUUCUAUCAUAGAUAAUAAUGUGAUCUAUCCUCCUCUUUCAAACACAGCAACGGCAGUAUGUCCGCUCGCGGCACCCGGAUGGAGAGCACGCAGUACCAGCAGCAGGCCAUGUUCUACCCCCAAUACCCACCCCCCGGCUGGUGCUACAACGGUGCCAUGCCCCCGCCCGGCAGUACCAUGAUUCCCGAGCACGGGGAUCAGCAGGAGCCCGAACCGCUGAUGUCUUCGCACACGACUGACAGCUCCACGCGCUCUCGGUCCGUGGCGUCCUCUGGUUCCGGACGGUACCAACCAAACAGUUACAACCCGGGGUUCAAUCCGCAGUUUUGCCCCCCCGGCGGACCGCAAUUUGGGGGCCCACCUCCACCCCCCGGAUACGCAGGACCGGACGAUGUGCUCUACGAUCGCUGGGGCCGACCGGUCAUGGGCUACGGCUUCGCCCCCCACCCGCACGGAAUGCCGGGUUUCCCGCCAGGAAGCAGCGCCGGUGGGCCGAUGGACGAGUACAAUGGUACUGCGGGCCGUCGACACUCGCAACCCGAACAGAAUAAGGAUCCGAAGUCUUCACCGAAUCGGCCUGGAAACAUGAUCACGAGGUUUGUCGGAGGAAUUUUCGGCGGGGGAAGCAGCAGCAAAAACAAAAAGUGAGAAGUCGAGGAGGAGGUGGUGAAACAGUUGCACCAGCUUCCAGGCGGUUGAGAAAUUCGAUAGCGCUUCCGACAACUCCAACUGCAUCCCUAGAAGACGCUUUGAAGCAAAUGAUUUGAUUUUUUCUACGUUUACACUUUACGUUUACUUUUCUUUAGAAGAUGAUUACACUUGACGCAAUGGCAAUGGACGACAGAUCGACUCGAACAUCAUACGUGGAUGCCGCCUCUGGUCGUACUGUGUAGACGUGCUUGAGUUGUCUGCAUCAGCAACGCCCCAGGCGGCGUGUUAGGAAGAUCAACCACAUCCAAAAUUUCGCUUUUCCAGUAGUACCUUACCUCUCGCCCUGAAUUGACUUUUCAACGAGAGUGUGAUGCGCUGCUGCUGAUACGAAUGGGUUGAUUUUUUUGCAACAUUUCCUUGGUUGAUUCCUUACUUUUUAAUGUACAUCUUAUUUGAUACUUAUUUUCACAUUGACAUACUCAGUUUGAGCAAUUUCAUAGACAAAUGAACCUCGCCGAGGAUAAUUUUCCUUUCCGAAUAUCAGUAAUUAUUCUUACAAUCAACGCAACGCGCUACUUACACCCGUGCGGACUUUCAUCAAAUUUACGAGUAGACUGGCAGGUAGGAGAAAGAAAAGGCUUGCGAUCUCGGGAUUAGUGAAACAAGCUGCUGAGCGACGACAGUAAACUUUCACAGGCGGACAUGAAGGCCAUUUGGUCGCAGGCGAAGAUGAGUAACUUGCUUCUUCUUUCUUCUACCUAAAACAAAGUGCUCACACAAUUCACGAUGCAGCUGCUGAUGAAUGGUACAAUUUUUUGGCCGAUAGCCACAUCAAAAGUCCUCUUCUCGUCUCGAAAGUAAAACUAUGGAAAGACCCACGAAGUACGCGAGGCUUCGAGUAGAAUACUCGAUCGCAGUUUCACCAGAAGAAAAAUUUUAGAAC